UCAUUCCUGGCUCUGACAGUGAACAGAGCGAAAAAAUAUGUUAAUAUCACAGCUGACUUCCCAAUUCCUGAAGGCUUCGCGAAUUGCAGGCCACCUUUUGCCAAGGUCAGUGUCUUCCUUUCUUUGCUGUCACUCUACGUCUGCGCACUAUAGCACACAGCCACCUAACAAGAAUGGAGCCCAACCUCAGCGGUGGUAUGCUCUGGACCCUGAACUGGAAGAGAUGCUGAUCCCCAGAAAACUUUCCAUCAGCCCCUUGGAAAGCUGGCUGACAGUUAGAUACUCCCUUCCUAAAGCAGAAGUCCUUAAUGCUCAGGAAGAAGUGGGUUAUGAACCUCUCCAGCGAUAUGACUGUCCCCCGUCUGAUGAGGGAGCUGAUGUGGAGGAAGAAGGAACACGUAGCAACAAGCUUCAAUGUAAGAAUGUUUUGAAGAUUCGCAGAAGGAAAAUGAAUCGGCACAAGUUCAAAAAGCUGCUAAAGCGAAGAAAGUUUGUGCGAAGGAGGAUAAAGGAAGGUCGCAAAAAGAAACGUCAGAUAAAAUUUGAGAAAGAUUUGGAGCGCAUCUGGAAAAGAGCUGGUUUGAAAAAUCCUCCUGCGGGAUGGCAAACACCCAAGAUAUUUCUGAAAAGUUCAAAGCGAUAAAAACACUUGUAAUGAGUUUUAACCUGUAAUUGUAAUUAAAAAAUAUUUAAGUA